ACCAGCUCCGCGCGCGGACGCCGGGGCUCCCCAGCCAGAGGGCGCCUCCACCCAGAGCCGACGCGCCCUCCGGCUGCCGCCAUGGAGCCCCUCUUCCCGGCCUCCGUUUCUGGCUGGAACGCCUCCUCCUCGGGUAACAGGUCCAUGGUGGGGCUGUCGCCGUCGCCGGGGGCCCGGGCGGUGCUGGUGCUCGUGCUAUACCUGCUGGUGUGCGCGGCAGGGCUGGGCGGAAACGCGCUGGUCAUCUACGUGGUGCUGCGCUGUGCCAGGAUGAAGACGGUCACCAACAUCUACAUCCUCAACCUAGCGGUGGCCGACGUCCUUCUCAUGCUGGGGCUGCCCUUCCUGGCCACGCAGAACGCCGCGUCCUUCUGGCCCUUUGGCCGCGUCCUGUGCCGCCUGGUCAUGACGCUGGACGGCAUCAACCAGUUCACCAGCGUCUUCUGCCUGACGGUCAUGAGCGUGGACCGCUACCUGGCCGUGGUGCGCCCGCUGACCUCCGCCCGCUGGCGCCGCCCGCGCGUGGCCAGGAUGGCAAGCGCCGCGGCCUGGGCCCUGUCGCUGUGCAUGUCGCUGCCUGUGCUGGUGUUCGCGGACGUGCAGGACGGCGGCACCUGUAACGUGAGCUGGCCGGAGCCGGUGGCGCUGUGGAGCGCCGUCUUCGUGGUCUACGCGGCCGUGCUGGGCUUCUUCGGGCCGCUACUGGUCAUCUGCCUGUGCUACCUGCUCAUCGUGGUGAAGGUGAGGACCGCGGGCGUGCGCGUGGGCUGCGCGCGGCGGCGCUCGGAGCGCAAGGUGACACGCAUGGUGGUGGUGCUGGUGCUGGUGUUCGCGGGCUGCUGGCUGCCAUUCUUCACCGUCAACAUCGUCAACCUGGCGGUGGCGCUGCCCCAGGAGCCCGCCUCCACCGGCCUCUACUUCUUCGUGGUCAUCCUCUCCUACGCCAACAGCUGCGCCAACCCGGUCCUCUACGGCUUCCUCUCCGACAACUUCCGCCAGAGCUUCCGGAAGGUUCUGUGCCUCUGCAAGGGCUCUGGCGCCAAGGACACUGACGCCACGGAGCUGCGGCCAGACAGGAGCCGGCAGCAACAGGAGGCCACACCGCCCGCGCACGGCGCAGAGGCCAACGGGCUCAUGCAGACCAGCCAGCUGUGAGGGGCAUGGAGGGCGGGCGGGGGCGGGCGGCCGUGUCACCCCCAGGGGCAGGGGUUGCACUGCAGUGACCCCACCCCUCACCUGCCUGCCAGUCAUGAUGCUUCCCUGCGGCGGUGGGGUGAGGAUGGAGCUGCCUGAGGCCAGGCUAUGGUGGACACAGGGCAGAAGGCCCCCCACAGGGACAGACCACCCUCUCCCGCCUGUCUGCCACGCGGGGGCUCCUGGGAGGUGGGGGAGGUGGCCAGGCUGGUGAGGGGCUCUUGUAAGUCCUCAGGGCCCCCUCACCAUCCAUCCUGCCCCAGCCCAUGCCAGCCUCCCCACGGGGGAGAGACGUUUCCAGAAGACCAGCCAGACAAGAAGGUCUUCCUGACGGCAGGGGCCUGCCCUGCCCGGCCCCCCAGCUGCCGGUGCCCUAGGGUCAGCUUGAGCCACCUGCUGCUCUGAUAAAUUAAAGACAACUGAAAGGGCUUGACUCAGGUCCCCUGGAGUCCCUGCCCAGGGCCCCAGCACCACGCCUUCCCCGCACUGUGUGGAAUCAGGACACAGGUGUGAGGGAGUGUGGCUGGGCGGCCCUCGGUCAGCCAGGGUGUGGCCCUGGGGCCCCACCUGCUGCCCGGCACCCCCCUGGGGACCCUGUCCCAGAGAAGGAAGCAGGGGGCUCCCCGUGGGAGAGGCAUGGAGGCAGCUGGCGCAGAGGAGAGCCAGGGGCUGAGGUUGGGGUGGAGGCUCUGGCCCUCCAGGCUUCUGGGGUGCAGGUGUCUGCGCUGCGCUGAAUUGGCUCUGUCUGGAGGGCCUGGUACGGGUGUGCCUGGGGGCACUGGAGGGAGGGCUCCUCAUGGAGGAGGACCUGAGGGUCAGGGACUGGAAAGGAUGGGGAACCUGCAGCUGUCUCUUCUGCUUUGGGGCAGGGGCUCCGGGCCCGGGAGAGGGAACGGGGACAGGAGCAGAGGACAGUCAUCCAGGCGGCAGUGGGCGGACAGCGCUGCUGGGAGGCAGUGGUCGCGUGGGUGGUGGAAUGCCAGGUCCUGGGAAUCCUGCUGAACCCCACCUAGAAUUGUCCCACCUCCCCCACCCCAAACGCCAGCUUCUCCUGGUGCCCCAGACCCAGAGCCUCACUCUGAGGCUGGAAGGAGAAGGCCCAGAGACCCCUCUGCCCUGCCCGGCACCGGCCCUGACCUGUGCUCUGGUCACUCAGAGCAGGUCCCGAUCCUCCUGGGAGGGUGCAGGGAGUGGGCUGAGCGUGGGCAGAGCCCGGCAGGGAAAGGCCUCGGCCGAGGUCAGGCCUGGGAAGCGUCCGAGCGAUGAGGACACGUGUGUUUGACAGUUGCUCCCCUGUAUAAACUCAAGGAUAAAUGUUUGAUUCUUUCCCCGAGCAAAUAUUGUCCCUGGAGCUGAGUGCAGCCAGCACAGACCAGAGUGGAGCCCAGGCUCCCCUGAGGCCCAACACAGGGCGAGACCCCCCGCCCCAGCCCCGCUGAGCCAGACAGGGCCGGGACGGGGGCGGCUGAAUGCCCAGCAGGAAGCGGGGAGACGUGGAAUUCAUGAACGGGGUGAAGAAUGGCAGACGCUGCUUGGGGUCUGAGGCUGGAGCUGCCUCUCACAGCCGCCCUGAGCGGGCUGCCUGGGCUUCUCAAUAGCUAUAGGGGGAGUGUGGGGGCCUCUCCAGCAGGUCCACAAGGCUCUGCCUCUGAGCGACCAAGGAGGGGUGGAUCCAGGGUGCCCUGGGGGAAACUGAGGCCCUUUCACACCACAGUGCCCCCCCCACCUGCCUCCCCGGGGAUUUGGGUGCCAAGUUCAUCCGCUUGGAAGGCUCUGGGGACCUAGCAGAUGGCUCGGAAAUCCCUGCUGAGAUCAAUUUCUCCAAUUGAUUGGACUCCGUGCACUCUCCCCAAGGGGCUGGCAGCCAUGUGGGGCGAACAGAGGCGCCAGCGCCCUCGUUCUCCGGUGAAGAUGCCCUCGAGCGCCACCCCAUUUGGCCCAGCUGCAAGCCUCGGGUACCCUGCUCCCCGCCUCGUCCAGCCUGAAGCCCCUGGGACCCCGGUUCCUGCCAGUCCCAGGCCCCAGCUUCACGAACCCGCUGGCCUCCCCAGUCUGGUCCUGGCCACGUGCAAACCCCAUCUGUGCCUUCGGUCAAAGCCUUGCCCCCGCCAGGCGCACACCCUCCCCACAAACCAAACCUGCCGUGCACGGCCUCCUCCUCCCGGACAUGCAGGACCCUCCCACGCUGACUCUCUGGGGGCAGUGGGCUGGCCAUGGCGGCCCCACAGCUGGGCCUGGGACUUCCUGCCCGUGGGCCCUUGUGCUGGCUGAACACGUGUCCCCGUUGGACAAACGCACCUGCCAUACUCCAGCGUAGGGCUGGGUCGUGGGAUCAAGGUUUAGCUGGAGGAGCACCCCGGGCCAAAGGAACAGCCUCUGUGAGGGCUCAGAGGCAACAGGGCACAGGGGGUGAGCUGUGGGGGUCAAGCCAGAGAGAGGAGCAAAUGCAGGUCCCCCACGUUCUGACCCAUGCUGCCCCAAGGAAAAAGAAGCCGCACUCACUGCAGCUUGAGAGCGGAGACUGGACCAGAGGUAGGAGGAGGCAGACGCAGUGGGUGCUCGGAGGCUGUGAGGCGUCCAGGGGAGCACGCAGCGGCCUGGCCCGGGGCGGGGGCCCUAGGGGUGCUCACGAGGCAGAGGCAGCCCCUGGCUAGGCCUGGGGAAGGGGCAGUGACAGCCAGCUGGCUCCCGCUUGGGGCGCAUCGGAGAACAAGACCCCGGGGUCCGAUGGACUCGGUGGGCUGAGGAGGCUGAGGACGUUCCGGGACCAGGCUGGGCAGGUGUGGACAGCACAGAGCCACGGGGAAGGGGCCACGGGGAAGGGGCCACGGGGAAGGGGCCGAGGCCCAGAUACCCCUGGGGCAGCAGCAUGAAAGGCCUGCAGGGGUCAGGGGUGUGUAUGGGAGGAGCUCGGGCCCUGGGCCCCUGAAUCCUCACCCCUCCGGGUAGUGAGGGCCUGUGGGUGGCCGGAACUUCUUCAGGGGCCGCAGAGCCGAGACCCCUUGCAGGCCACCUGAGAGUGUGGCGGGGGCGUGGCGGGAGCAAACAUCCUGGGCAGGCUGCUCCCAGGGCUCCCGCACGCGUCAGUGGGUUUUAUUGGCUCUGGGCUCUAGCAACUCAAGUGACUUUGCUCAGGACACAGUCCCAGCCCCGCCCCAUCAGCAGGGGUGCCCAGGCGGGAUGUGGGGGUCUGCGGAGGGACCCGGAAGGCCUCCUGGGGAGAGAAGGGUGCAGAGGUGACCGG